AUGGCAAGUAUUAAUUCAACUUAUAUUCAAAGAAAUGCAGUCGAAAAUCUUAUACUUAUCUGUUUGGAUAAAAAUAUAAAAGAAUAUGAAAAUUCUUUAAAUCUAUUUCAAUUAUAUGUUAAUACAAUUAAAUUAUAUUCGAAUCCAGAAGAAUUUCGAACAUUUAUUCAACAAAUCAAAGAUGAAAAAUUACUUGUAAUCAUAUCAGGAGAUAUAAUUGAACAGGUUACUUCUGAAAUGGAAAAUCUUUCGCAAAUUGAUUCAGUAUAUAUUUAUUGUAAUCAAAAGGAGUCUCAUGAAAAUUGGUCGACAAAUUCUCCUAAAAUAAAAGGAGUUUAUUCUAAUCUUCAAUCAAUUCAUGAUGCACUUCGACGAGAUGUACGUCGAAUAAAUAAUGAUUUAAUAUCUAUACAAAUACUUCCAAAUAGAAAAUCCAUCGAAUUAGAACAAUCAUUUACUUGUGCAUUAUUAUUAAAAGAAAUUUUAAUUAAUAGUGAAUCUAAUGAACAAAUUAAACAAGAAUUUAUUCAAUUUUCUCGUUUUUAUUAUGAGAAAAAUUCCAACGAAUUAAAUCUUAUUGAUCUUUUUCAAACAAAUAAUUAUAAUCAAAUAACACCAAUUGAAUGGUAUACUCGUGAAUGUUUUAUUUCUUCCAUGAUACAUCGAGCUUUACGAUUAUAUGAUAUUGAAAUUCUUUAUAAAUUAGCUUUUUUUAUACGAGAUUUACAUAAACAAAUAAAUGAUUCAUAUCUACAAUCACCUGAUCAUCAAAAGUUAACUGUCUAUUAUGGAUUAGGAAUAUCAAAUGAUCAAUUCACAACAUUAAAUAUGAAUAUAAAUGAUUUAAUUUCGUUUAAUACUUUUUUAUUUACAACGAUCGAUAGAAAAUCUUCAUUAAAUUUCGCGAAACAAUCUGAAAAUGAUUUGCAUUUAAUACCUGUUCUAUUUCAAAUUGAAAUCGAUCGUUCAAAAUCAUCAUCAUCUCCAUUUAUUGCAUUGGAUGAAUUAGAUUAUUACCAUGAUAAUGAUCGACAUGUUCUUUUUACAUUAAAUUCGAUUUUUCGAAUCACUCAUAUUGAACGUGGUGAAGAUAAAAUACAACAAAUUAAUUUAAUUUUAAUAGAUGAUAAUGAUGAUAGAUUAUUAAAUCUUAAACAUUCAAUACAGAAACAACUGAAUGGAUUUUUGUCAUUGGGUCAAAUGAUGAUGGAAACUAAUGACCUGAUAAAAGCAAAAAGUAUAUUUGAAAUAUUACUUAAAAAUACAACUGUUAGUAAUCAAAAAGAACUCCUUUCUAUUCAUCGUAAACUUGGACUUAUCGAUCAAAGAAUGAAAGAUUGGGCAGGUGCACUUUUACAUUAUAAACAAUGUCUUAAUAUACAACUGUCUUUUCUUCCAUCAAAUGAUCGUUUUCUAGGGCCGAGUUAUGCUGGCGUUGGCGCAAUUCUAAUGAAAUUAUGUAAUUAUGAUGAAGCUUUAGAGUAUUAUCAGCAUGCUAUUGAUUGUGGUCGCAAUACAUCUCAUGUAGAUUCAUCACUCAUUGCUACUUACUACAUUGGUACUGGUCGAAUCCUCCAUAUACAAGGCAAAAAUUCUGAAGCACGCAAAAAUUUUGAACUUGCGCUCACAUUUGCACAAAAAUCUCAUACACUAUUACCUGAAAUUAAUCAUUACUUGACGAUAAUAUCCUAG